AUGCCCCCAACGCUGCCCGCGCGAGCCGUAUCGCAAGUGGGUGCCGUGAUGAGUGUGCCGGACAAAGCGCUGGACGAGUUUGCGCUGCGGCAGUUCACGGACGGCGACUACGCGGGGGACGCGUGUGGCGAUGGGGCCCGCGGCAGACAUGGCGCGCGUGUGAGAGUACUUCGGCGAGCGCAAGCGCAUCCAGGACGAGUUCCGCGACGCCCCCGUGCUGGUCGACAGCUACGGUCCCUUCUGCAAGCACAUGUUCAUGCCCAACUUUGUGCCCGGUAUGCGCGACGCCGCCGUGCGCAUCACGCCCGAAAACGAGCCCGUUAUCAAGUCCGCUUGACAUGCUGGGCGCAAGGACGAGCUCCCCGUUCUCGUCCGCCACUUUCCUAA